CGCGGGGAAGGGAGGCGGCGAGACGCGCAGCGCCCGCGCCCGGGAGACCCAGGAGGAGCCCGCAGAUAACCAGCCCAAGUCAUGCAGUCUUUUCGAGAAAGGUGUGGUUUCCAUGGCAAACAGCAGACCUACCAGCAGACCUCACAGGAGACGUCGCGCCUGGAGAACUAUAGGCAGCCAAGUCAGGCUGGGCUGAGCUGCGACCGGCAGCGUCUGCUGACCAAGGACUACUACGGCCCGCAGCCCUUCCCUGGCUACGAGGGCGGCGCAGGCACGCCCGCCACCGCGCGUGCCGGCAAAGGCCUGUCCUCGCCGCAGGCCCCGCCAGGGAGGCCAGCCUUCGCAGGCUACACUGUCCAGGACGGCAGCCCCUACCCAGGCCGCUACUCAGGCGAGGAGGGCCUGCAGGCCUGGGGGGGCCCCCAGCCACCCCCUCCUCAGCCGCAGCCCCUGCCAGGCGGGGUGGGCAAAUAUGACGAGAACCUGAUGAAAAAGACGGUGGUGCCCCCCAGUCGGCAGUACCCUGAGCAGGGUGCCCAGCUGCCCUUCCGGACUCACGCCCUCCACGUCCAGCAGCAGCUGCCGCAGCCCCCGCCAUCCCUGGCAUACCCUAAGCUCCAGAGGCAGAAACCCCAGAGUGACCUUGCCUCCCCCCUGCCCUUCCCCCAGGGCGGCCACUUCCCCCAGCAGUCCCAGUCCUUCCCCGCCUCCUCUACCUACUCCUCCAGUGGCCAGGCUGGCGGGCAGGGGGCCCACUCCUACAAGAGCUGCACGGCCCCCUCCGCCCAGCCCCAUGACAGGCCGCUGACCGCCAACGCCAGCCUGGCCCCCAGCCAGCGGGUCCCGAACCUUCACGCCUACCAGUCCAGCCGCCUCAGCUAUGACACACAGAAGCAGCAGCAGCAGCAGCAGGCCCUCCAGAGCCGUCACCAUGCCCAGGAAAGCCUGCACUACCAAAACCUCGCCAAGUACCAACACUAUGGGCAGCAAGGCCCAGGUUACUGUCAGCCGGAUGCAACCGUCAGGACCCCAGAGCAGUACUACCAGACCUUCAGCCCCGGCUCUGGCCACUCACCCGCCCGCUCCGUGGGCCGCUCACCCUCCUACAGCUCCACCCCGUCGCCACUGAUGCCCAACCUGGAGAACUUUCCCUACAACCAGCAGCCACUCGGCCCUGGGACCUUCCCCGCCGGCCUCACCGACCACAGCCACUUCAUGCCCCUGCUCAACCCCUCCCCGACAGAUGCUGCUGGCUCUGUGGAUACCCAGGCCGCCAACUGCAAGGUCCUGCAGAAGGACAAGCUUCCUGAGAGCCUGCUGUCAGACCUCAGCCUGCAUAGCCUCACGGCCCUGACCUCCCAGGUGGAGAACAUCUCUAACACCGUGCAGCAGCUGCUGCUGUCCAAGGCGGCCGGGCCUCAGAAGAAGAGCCUCAAGAGCCUGGUGGCCCGGACCCCGGAGCAGCACAAAAGCCAGCACUGCAGCCCUGAGGGCAGCGGCUACUCGGCCGAGCCAGCGGGCACACCGCUAUCGGAGCCACUGAGCAGCACACCGCAGUCCACGCACGCUGAGCCACCUGAGGCUGAUUACCUGAGCGGCUCUGAGGACCCGCUGGAGCGCAGCUUCCUCUACUGCAGCCAGGCCCGCGGCAGCCCCGCCAGGGUCCACGGCGGCUCCAAGGCCAAGCCCGAGUCCGUGUCCACCUGCUCCGUGACCUCGCCAGACGACAUGUCCACCAAGUCUGAUGACUCCUUCCAGAGCCUGCACGGCAGCCUGCCCCUCGAUAGCUUCUCCAAGCUUGUGGCCGGUGAGCGGGACUGCCCGCGACUGCUGCUCAGUGCCCUGGCACAGGAGGACUUGGCCUCUGAGAUCCUGGGACUGCAGGAGGCCAUCAGCGAGAAGGCCGAUAAGGCCUGGGCUGAGGCUCCGGGCCUGGCCAAAGAUGCCAGCAAGCCGCCCUUCUCUCUGGAGAACCACAGCGCCUGCCUGGACCCUGUGGCCAAAGGUGCAUGGUCACGGCCAGGGGAGCCAGAGGCCCUGCCUGAGGCCCUGCAGCUGGACAAGGGCAGCAGUGCCAAGGACUUCAGUCCAGGGCUAUUUGAAGACCCCUCUGUGGGCUUUACCACCCCUGACCCCAAGAAGACAGCUGGUCCCCUCUCCUUCAGCGCCAAGCCCACCCUGGGGGCCACGGCCUCAGAUCCCACCGUGGCUUUUGACUGCUUCCCAGACACGACCUCUGCCGGCUCCGCGGAUGGUGCCCACCCCUUUGCCUGGCCCGAGGAGAACCUGGGGGAUGCCUGUCCUCGGUGGGGGCUGCACCCCAGUGAGCUCACCAAGGGUCUAGAGCAGGGCGGAAAGGUCACGGACAGUGCCAGCCAGGAGGACGCCCGAGAGGCUUCGGCCUGCCUGGGCUUCCAGGAGGAGGCGCCCCCUGGGGAGAAGGCUGCAGUGCCCCGGGACUCCCAGCAGGAGGCGGCGGGCGGGGUGAAGGAGGAGGCGGGCGGGCUGCUGCAGUGCCCCGAGGUGGGCAAGGCCGACCGCUGGCUGGAAGACAGCCGGCACUGCUGCUCGGCUGCCGACUUUGGGGACCUCCCACUGCUGCCGGCACCAGGCCGGAAGGAGGACCUGGAGGCCGAGGAGUACUCGUCCCUGUGCGAGCUCCUGGGCAGCCCCGAGCAGAGGCCAGGCCUGCAGGAUGCGCUGUCGCCCAAGGCCACGCUGCUGUGUGGCAAGGAGGAAGUGGAGGAGGUGCUGGACCCCAAGGCCGGCUGGGGCUCCCCGUGCCCCCUCUCCGGGGACUCGGUCAUCUUGCUGGGCCCCACCGUGGGUGCCGAGUCCAAGGUUCAGAGCUGGUUUGAGUCCUCCCUAUCCCAUAUGAAGCCAGAGGAAGAGGGGCCCGAGGGGGUGCUGGCCCCAGGGGAUUCUGCCGCCGUGACCCCAGAGGCCUCCCUGGCACAGAAGCCAAACAAGCCUGCUGUGCCCGAGGCCCCCAUCGCCAAAAAAGAGCCCGUGCCUCGUGGCAAAAGCUUGCGGAGCCGACGGGUGCACCGGGGGCUGCCUGAGGCUGAGGACUCCCCGUGCAGGGCACCGGCGCUGCCCAAAGACCUGCUGCUCCCCGAAUCAUGCACGGGGCCCCCCCAGGGACAGAUGGAGGGGGCGGGGGCCCCGGGCCGGGGGAUCUCAGAAGGACUUCCCAGGAUGUGCACCCGCUCCUUCACGGCCUUGAGCGAGCCCCGCACACCCGGACCCCCAGGCCUGCCCACCACUCCUGCCCCUCCAGACAAGCUGGGGGGCAAGCAGCGAGCCGCCUUCAAGUCAGGCAAGCGGGUGGGGAAGCCCUCCCCAAAGGCUGCAUCCAGCCCCAGCAACCCGGCCGCCCUGCCUGUGGCCUCUGACAGCAGCCCCAUGGGCUCCAAGACCAAGGAGACAGACUCACUGGAUGCACCGGGCAAAGACCAACGGUCCAUGAUCCUGCGGUCCCGCAGCAGGGCCCAGGAGGCCUUCCACUCCAAGCGCAGACGGCCCUCGGAGAGCCGACUGCCAAACUGCCGUGCCACCAAGAAGCUCCUUGCCAACAACCACCUGCCCGCCACCUUCAAGGUCACUAGCAGCCCCCAGAAGGAGGGGAGGGCGGGCCAGCGGGCGAGAGUUCCCAAGCCUGGUGCCAGCGGCAAGCUCUCAGAUCGACCCCUCCAUGCCCUCAAAAGGAAGUCAGCCUUCAUGGCUCCUGUCCCCACCAAGAAGCGCAACCUGGUCUUACGCAGUGGUGGCCUUGGGGGAGACGUGAAGGAGGAGGGGGCCGAGGGCUCCCCCACCCUCUUCAAGAGGAUGACGUCUCCCAAGAAGGCGAAACCCACCAAGGGCAAUGGUGAGCCCACAGCGAAGCCACCACCCCUGGAGACCCCAGACACCAGCCUGAAGCUGGCCUCACGGGCGUCCUUCCAGGGGGCCAUGAAGACCAAGGUGCUGCCACCCCGGAAAGGCCGGGGCUUGAAGCUAGAGGCCAUUGUGCAGAAGAUCACCUCGCCCAGCCUGAAGAAGUUUGCAUGCAGAGCCCCAGGGGCCCCUCCCGGGAAUCCUGUGAGCCCAUCUCUCCCCGAGAAGGAACGUGGGCUCAAGAGCACUGGGGGCAGCCUUCUGGGGACAGAGGAAGGUCUCUUAAAUGUGAGUCCCGGGCAGAAGUUCCCGGCAGCUCUGGGGGCUGAGCCGUUGUGCAGAAAUCCGACCAAUAGAUCCUUAAAAGGCAAACUCGUGAACAGUAAGAAACUGUCCUUGACCGAUGGUUUCAAAACGGAGGCCUUCACGUCCCCAGAGGCCCUGCUGCCCGGGGGCACUGCCCUGGCGCCUAAGAAGAGAAGCCGGAAAGGCAGAGCUGGGGCUCUUGGACUCCCCAAAGGCUCCCUGGAGAAAAGGCCCCACCUCGGCCCAACUCUGCUGCUGACUCCCCGAGACAGGGCCAAUGGCACGCAGGGGGCCAGUGAGGACAGCUCUGGCGUAGGAGGCAAGAAGCCAAAGACGGAGGAGCUGGGCCUGGCUGCCCAGCCCCCAGAGGGCCGGCCCUGCCAGCCCCAGACAAGGGCACAGAAACAGCCAGGCCAUGCCAACUACAGCAGCUAUUCCAAGCGGAAGCGCCUCACACGGGGCCGGGCCAAGAGCACCACCUCCUCACCCUGUAAGGGGCGUGCUAAGCGGCGGCGGCAGCAGCAGGUGCUGCCCCUGGAUCCCGCCGAGCCUGAAAUCCGCCUCAAGUACAUUUCCUCCUGCAAGCGGCUGCGGGCAGACAGCCGCACUCCUGCCUUCUCGCCCUUCGUGCGGGUAGAGAAGCGGGGUGCGUUCACCACUGUUUGCACUGUUGUCAACUCCCCCGGAGAGGAGCCCCAGCCCCAGAGGAAGCCUUCCUCUUCCUCCUCCUCCUCGUCCUGCUCCUUCUCCUUGGAUGCGGCCGGGGCCUCCCUAGCCACGCUCCCUGGAGGCUCUGUCCCACAGCCUCGGCCCUCCCUGCCCCUCUCCUCCACCAUGCACCUGGGGCCCGUGGUUUCCAAGGCCCUGAGUACCUCUUGCCUUGUUUGCUGCCUCUGCCAAAACCCGGCCAACUUCAAGGACCUUGGGGACCUCUGUGGGCCCUACUACCCUGAACACUGCCUCCCCAAAAAGAAGCCAAAACUCAAGGAGAAGGUGCGGCUGGAGGGCACCUGUGAGGAGGCCUCGCUGCCUCUUGAGAGGACACUCAAAGGCCUCGAGUGCCCAGCUGCUGCGUCUGCUGCUGCCACCACCACCACCGGGAAGCCCCCCAGGCCUGAUGGCCCAGCUGAUCCGGCCAAGCAGGGCUCUCUGCGCACUAGUGCCCGGGGCCUGUCCCGGCGGCUGCAGAGUUGCUACUGCUGUGACGGUCGGGGGGAUGGCAGUGAGGAGGCAGCCCCAGCCGACAAGAGCCGUAAGCACGAGUGCAGCAAGGAGCCGCCGGCCGAGCCUGGCGGGGACACCCAGGAGCACUGGGUGCAUGAGGCCUGCGCCGUGUGGACAGGCGGGGUCUACCUGGUGGCCGGGAAGCUCUUUGGGCUACAGGAGGCCAUGAAGGUGGCCCUGGACAUGACUUGUUCCAGCUGCCAAGAAGCGGGGGCCACCAUAGGGUGCUGCCACAAAGGAUGCCUCCACACCUACCAUUACCCGUGUGCCAGCGAUGCGGGUUGUAUAUUCAUUGAAGAGAACUUUUCUUUGAAAUGCCCCAAACAUAAGAGGCUGCCGUUGUAAUCCACUCCCGGCCGGAGGAGCCGCCGGAGCCAGCCCGCCCGCCGAGGAGAGGAGCCGCAGGCGUAGCCCCCGGGCCUUUGCGCUGCUUCCGGCGCGGGUCCUGAGCGGUCCUGAGCGGAUCCCUGAUCCGGAACCCAAACCUUGGAUCUGGCCGCCUCGGGCGGAAGCUAGUGGUCCCCGGUUGGGUAGAAAACACGUUCUGGAUCCGUCUGCUCCUGGCACCGGACGGCACAGGGCCUUCUCGCCCCCAUCCCCCGGCCAGGCUUGGAGAGGGGUUAGCCCGCGGAGCGGCCAGACCCCAUGGGACACCCGGACUCUGGCGGGGCUGGGAGGCCUGUAGCCUGGGGACACACUUCUCCCUGAAAGUUCCAGGAUGACGUGGUACACAUUCCACGUGGGUCGGUCGUGGCCCGCAGCCGGACACCCUGGGGGUGGGUAGGGAUAGGGGGAUUGGCAAGUCCUGCCCGGCAAAGGAGGGGCUGGAAGCUGUGCACCCUAACUGCCCAGCCUCGGCCAAAACCUGCGUGAAGGUCUGGAGGGCCGAGCAUCUGGGGCCUGUGCUCGAGGGAUCUGACCUUCCUGGGCGUGGGCAGACCUGCCCCCACUGGCUUCUGCCCGUCCCCCUUCCAGCCCACCCCAUCCCUGGAGCCCAGCCUGGGAGCGCAGAAGGAGUCUCGAUCCCCAGCAGACGCGUGACCAACCCUCCGCACGACCACCGUCUCCAGGGGCCACAGCGCCACUCGCACGGGAGCGGAGACAGCGCUAGAUCCAUGUACACACCUGUGUGCCCCUCUAUAUAUAUGUCACAUAGAAUGUAUAUAUGUUGGGAACAUGCUCGCUUCUCCGUUUGUCGCCACUGUGCGUCGUGCGCCCCUUAGCACGGGGCCCUUGCUGGGAAGGUGGCUCCAGCGCUGCCUCCUUCCCCAUGCAGCCACCACCGCCCCGGGCCAGUGCCCACCAGUUCGUCUGCCUGUCUGUCCGUGUCCUCAGCUCUGUCCACGCUUCGAUAGGCCUGACGCAGCCCCACCCUGGGGCCGCCCUAGCAACUUCUGUACAUAUGACUGUAAAAUGGUGAACGUGUGUAUUAUAUCCAGCCUCGUUAUAUAGUGUAUAUAUAUGUAUACAUAUACAUAUAUAUAAUAUAUAUGAAGACUGUAAAUGUUAAGACGACUAGUGUUCUUAUUAGUAUAUUGCUUCACACUGAAGAUUGUGUGUAUCGAGCUGUUUCUAAAAGAUGUUUAUUUUCCUUAAGAGUAAAAAAAAAAAAAAACAGUCAUUGCAUUCAGAAAAAAAAAGUCAAUAAAGAUACAACGAUUGUUUUGGAA